GACUUUAUCUUCCAGGGCAGUGGAUUUCUAUUUUCUACGUACUUUUUAAUAUGGAUCGAGCUUAAACUACGCAUUAUACCAAACAGAUAUCGUGGUUUUUACCACCAGCUGCAAUAAUAAAAUGCUAUUUUUAAAUGAAAACUCCGACUCUCCAAGAAUAUUCACAUGAUAAUAAGUAAUAACAAUAAAUAUUAAUUAAUAGGUAGUAUAUCUGAAUGGUAAAUUCCGAGUAGCUCUUAAAUUUCAGUUAUUCUUAUUUAGUAUUUACUUGUUUGCCGAGUUGUUGUUUGAAACGUUUGAGCCAUUAACCGUAAUGUUUCACUUAAUAUCCGUAAAUAAUAUAAAGCGCAAACGUUAUUCAAAAAGAUAAUUUUUUAGUAUUUUACUGAUUAUUAUCUCAUCGAGUAUAAACGAUAUUAAAAUAGUUACCUUUUGAUUUUAAUUCUGAGUUUACAGUAUAAAGUCAAUUGUAAUUGUGUAACAAAAACAAAUCAAUGCACAGUUGAUGAAUAUUUACAACGAACUAGACCAUUGCUUAUGUCAACAUAAUGUCACCAAAAAAAUCAAAGAAACCCAAACAACCUACCACAAAUAAUAUAGAAGAUUCAAAAAAAUGUUUUAUAUGUGAUGUUUGUAAUGCAUCAUUUAUUCAAAAACACCAUAUAGUUAGACAUUGUAGAAUCCACACAGGUGAAAAACCAUACAAAUGUAAGGUUUGUUGUAAAUCCUUUCGAGACCAAUCUAAUUUGCAAAAUCACCAAAAUAUUCACACCGAAAAAAAACGCUUCAAGUGCAUUUGUUGUAGCAAAAAAUUUAAAAAAAAAGAUAAUUUGCUUGUUCACUAUAAAACACACUCUCGUGAAAAACCAUAUAAGUGUGAUCCAUGCAAUAUGUCAUUUACAACUAAUGGAAAUCUUACAAGACAUACAAAAACAAAACAUCAUUUGAAAAUUCAAGAACAAAAUGUUCAAGAAGAAGUUAACUCUAAUAAUUUGGAAAAUGAUCAUAUUGUAGUUAGUACUGAGAAGAGAUGCCAUAAUCAAAUAAAAGAGUGUUUUGUAUCGCUUUCAGAUUAUUUUAAAUAUGAAAAAAUUCAAAAUUCUAACACUUCUACUAGCAAUGAUGUAAAGACUAGUUCAAAUAUUGACAAAGAUCAUUCUUCAAUGUAA